GUAAUUAGCAUGUUAGCAGCUAACAGCAACACAAACAGCCGAACAGCCUGUUAUUUAUAAACACCGAGUAGAAAUAAAUACGAUUUAUCUUCAUAAUUCAGAGUUUUAAGCUGAGCGCCUUCUACAUCCGGGCACUUUAUCAUUCAUCAAUCUCAUUAUUAUUAUUAUUAUUAUUAUUAUUAUUAUUAUUAUGUGUUUAUUUAUGUUUUAUUACUGAAGCGUUUAGUGACGGAACUGAAGAUCUUUACUGUGGAACAUGAUCCUGUCUCGGGUGAAGCCGGCGCUUGGCGGUGAGAGCUCUCUGAGCUCCAGUGAGAAGAAAAGGAGGAAUAAGAGUAAGAAGAUCCCACGGGUUGAGGACUUCCUGAGUCAGAGAGACUACCUGGGAGCCAUCACGCUACUGGAGUUCCAGAGGAAUGGGGGAACAGCUGAAGAGAACACAGACCUCUGGAUUGGCUACUGUGCCUUCCACUUAGGAGACCACAAAAGAGUGAUGGAGGAGUAUAAGGCCCUGACCCUGAGCCCUGACUCUCCCCCUGAUGUUUGGGUGUUUCUGGGCUGCACCUUGUUCUUCCUCGGUCUUUAUAAAGAAGCAGAAGAAGCUGCUCUCAGAGGACCAAAGAGUCAGCUACAGAACCGCCUCCUCUUUCAUUUAGCGCAUAAGUUUGGUGAUGAGAAGAAGUUGAUGGGUUUUCACCAGAACCUUGAGGACGUGACAGAGGACCAGCUGAGCCUUGCCUCCAUCCACUACAUGAGAUCACACUACCAGGAGGCCAUCGACAUCUACAAACGCAUUCUACUGCAGAACAGGGAGUUUCUGGCUCUGAACGUGUAUGUAGCUCUGUGUUACUAUAAGCUGGAUUAUUAUGACGUAUCUCAGGAGGUUCUGGCCGUGUAUCUGCAGAGUGUCCCAGACUCCACCAUCGCCCUCAACCUCAAAGCCUGCAACCACUUCAGACUGUACAACGGCAAAGCUGCUGAGGCUGAGCUGAAGAACCUGAUGGACAUCUCCUCCAGCUCGUUUGAGUUUGCGAAGGAGCUGAUCCGACACAACCUGGUGGUGUUCCGCGGAGGUGAAGGAGCUCUGCAGGUUCUCCCUCCUCUCAUCGACGUCAUCACUGAGGCUCGACUCAACCUCGUCAUCUACUACCUCAGACAGGAUGAUGUUCAGGAAGCGUAUAAUCUAAUUAAAGAUCUGGAGCCCACGACCCCUCAGGAGUACAUCCUUAAAGGUGUGGUGAAUGCAGCACUCGGACAGGAAAUCGGAUCUAGGGAUCACCUGAAGAUUGCACAGCAGUUCUUCCAGCUGGUUGGAGGGUCAGCUAGUGAAUGCGACACUAUCCCAGGUCGGCAGUGUAUGGCUUCCUGUUUCUUCCUGCUGAAACAGUUUGAGGAUGUGCUGAUUUAUCUCAACUCAGUGAAGAGUUAUUUCUACACUGACGACACGUUUAACUUCAACUACGCUCAAGCCAAAGCUGCUUUAGGGAACUAUAAAGAGGCCGAGGAGGUGUUCCUGCUCAUCCAGAGUGAGAAGAUCAGGAAUGAUUAUGUGUAUCUGAGCUGGCUCGCUCGCUGCUAUAUUAUGAAUCAGAAAGCUCGGCUGGCGUGGGAGCUGUACCUCAAAAUGGAAACUUCAGCAGAUUCCUUUAGCCUCCUGCAGGUCAUCGCCAACGACUGCUACAAGAUGGGACAGUUUUACUAUGCGGCGAAGUCGUUUGAUGUUCUGGAGCGUCUGGAUCCGAAUCCGGAAUACUGGGAGGGGAAGCGUGGAGCCUGUGUGGGAAUCUUCCAGCUCAUCCUGGCAGGACGUGAACCGAGAGAGAGCCUGAAGGAGGUUUUGCCGAUGUUACGCAGCACGGGGAAUCCGCAGGUCGAGUACAUCAUCCGCAUCAUGAAGAAAUGGGCCAAAGACAAUCGGGUCGCUGUGUGAUUAUUCAUCCUGUGCGACAUUCCCGUAAAUAGUGUAAUCCAUCAUUCACUCAGUAGAGAUGUAUUUGUAAUGUUGAUUAUACAGAAAAAAAUGUUGUAAAUAAAAACUUAUUUUGUGUUUUCAGA